AUAUUGAUAUUGAUAUUGAUAUUGAUAUUGGUAUUGAUAUUGAUAUUGAUCUUGAUAAUGAUAAUGAUAUUGAUAUUGAUAUUGAUAUUGAUAUUGAUAUUGAUAUUGGUAUUGAUAUUGAUAUCGAUAUUGAUAUUGAUAUUGAUAUUGAUAUUGAAAAUGAUAUUGAUAUUGACAUUGAUAUUGAUAUUGAUAAUGAUAUUGAUAUUGAUAUUGAUGUCGGUAUUGAUAUUGAUAUUGAUAUUAAUAUUGAUAUUGAUAUUGAUAUUGAUAUUGAUAUUGAUAUUGAUAUUGAUAUUGAUAUUAAUAUUGAUAUUGAUAUUGAUAAUAGUAUUGACAUUGAUAUUGAUAUUGAUAAUGAAAACGAUGUUGAUAUUGAUAUGGAUAUUGAUAUUGAUAUUGAUAUUGAUAUCGAUCUUGAUAUUGAUAUUGAUAUUGAUAUUGAUAUUGAUAUUGAUAUUGAUAUUGAUAUUGAUAUUGAUAUUGAUAUUGAUAUGAUAUUGAUAUUGAUAUUGAUAUUGAUAAUGAUAUUGAUA